AGAGGCAUCACAGGAGAGGGGCACGCACCUACCGGGAGGCAGGAUAAGACAGCAUUGACAUACAUGAAGCUUUUUUCGUGUCAUCCGGCCAGAGUUAGCCAAGCUGGGACAGAAGGAAAACCUCGGCCAGCUUUGUGGUCACUCCCGGGAUCUGGCACUCCUUGAAGAGGAAAGGAUGCUGUCGAUGGGUGGUCUGGGAGGGCGUAGGGACGCUAGUCCUGGGUGACAGAGGAGGGCACUCUGGUCGCCGAGAACCCUGUGGUUGCUCCACAGAUUUCAUUCCCGGUCUCGUUACCCCCUUAAACACUUGGGAGACACGGGAUCUUUAAGGGAUGCCCUAAACUGGGAAAGGGAGAGUCAGCGAAGCAUGUUGGUAAACUGUCCACGCUUUCGGGAAGCCCACUUUAUCUAUCUUCCUGUCUUGUUCCUCAAUCCCACCCCAGGAGCCAAAAGUCAGGUUGUAUCAGAGACGAACAGUGGACCUUCAUCACGGCGGCUUGGAUUGUCCUGUGCUAACUGUCACACUACAACCACCACCUUAUGGCGUAGAAAUGCCGAGGGUGAACCUGUGUGCAAUGCUUGCGGACUCUAUAUGAAACUCCAUGGGGUGCCUCGACCACUUGCUAUGAAAAAAGAAGGGAUUCAAACCAGGAAACGAAAACCUAAAAACAUAAAUAAGGCAAAGGCUUGCUCUGGUAAUAGCAGUAACUCUGUUCCUAUGACUCCAACCUCCUCCUCUUCUAAUUCAGAUGACUGCACCAAAAACACAUCUCCUUCAACGCAACCGACAGCCUCCGGGGCUGGUGCCUCAGUGAUGUCUGCAGUGGGAGAGGGCACCAACUCUGAGAACAGUGACCUCAAGUAUUCAGGUCAAGAUGGCCUCUACAUAGGUGUCAGUCUGUCUUCUCCUGCCGAAGUCACAUCCUCUGUACGGCAGGAUUCUUGGUGUGCUCUGGCCCUGGCCUGAGCUGGUGCUGUCAAGAUGACAAGAGGCCAGGAGGGCUCUGAGGGUCUCAUGCCACCUGUCUGAAUUUGUCCAUCAAUCCAGAUGGCAGCAGAAAUGCAGACAUAACAUUCCUUCAAUGCAUGAUUUCUGUGCCUUUUGUUUUGCAAGAGAUGUAUUUCCCAAGAAGCUUGCUGAAGCGAAAAGAGACAGUCCCUGCAGGAAGGGCCAACACAGCAGGCACAUGGCCUGCUCCCGCCAGCCUGGGCACCUCCAGCCAGCCUGCCUCUGGGUCUGCCCCACACCAGUGGCAGAAAGUGUGACAAUGACUGAGGCCUUGUCUGCUAAGGAAGAUUGAGAGAUUGCAAAAAAAAAAAAAAAUGUUUUAUUCGAAUUGCCCCAAAUCAUGUGCUUCUUGUGAUCAACCUUGGUUAUCCCAGAAUUUCUUCAUACCUGAUUGAUGUGCACAUUUCACAAGCAUUGGUGGAGAGGAGCAUUAAAACCAUUUGGUACAUCCCGGAGGCUGAGUGCAGUCCUGGGAUCUCGACAAGAAUAUUAGUUUGCAAGACGGAAUUAUAAUGGACAGAUGCUGACUGACUUUACUCAGCGUUCAUUAUAGUGGCUGAUCUGAGGUCACUUGGAAUUUGUAAACAGGGUAGCAAACAAGAUAUUUUUCUUCCAUGUACACAAUAAUUUUUUUAAGUGCAAUUUGCGUUGCAGCAAUCAGUGUUAAAUCAUUUGCAUAAGAUUUAACAGCAUUUUUAUAAUGAAUGUAAACAUUUUAACUUAAUGGUACUUAAAAUAAUUUAAAAAAAUGUUAACUUAGACAUAUGCUUCUUACACCCACAGCCCAUUUCUGUAUUCCCAAUUGUUUAAAAAAAAAAAAAAACCAACAACAAAAAAAGAUUUCAAGAACAAAUCUUCUCUCAGGAAAAUUGCCUUUUCUCCAUUUAUGAAUUUUUAUACAAGAACACCAACACAGCCCCCUGUCUUUUACUGAGGAAAAAGUGCUGGAAAUUGCAACAAACCUUUACUACCUAAAGAAUAGCAUUUGUAAAUACUCUAAGCAUCUGUAAACACUCUUGAAGUCUGUACCGUGUGACUAACCCACAGGGUGGUUUACAUUAUCUUUUUUUUUAAUGGGAUGUCGUAUGGAAACCUAUUUCACCAGAGUUUUAAAAAAUAAAAAGGGUAUUGUUUUGUGUUCUGUACAGUGA